GGCUGGGCCAAGAGUCCAGCUGCUGCUGGCUGGAGAUUCAGUGACUUCCUUGUUGUGAGUCCCGGCCUGGCAGUGUCCGGACUCUUAGCCCCGCUGUCCGCACCGGGACCGCUAGCCCGAGUCUAGGUCACAGCCACAACCCCAUCCGUCGGUCAUCCUUUGAGCACAGGUCCUUUCCCCCGCACGCCUUGCGCUCCCUAACAUGCCCAACCCCGGCAGCACCUCCUCUCCCUACCCCCUCCCUGAGGAAAUUAGGAACCUGUUGGCAGAUGUCGAAACAUUUGUAGCAGACACACUGAGAGGGGAAAAUUUAUCCAAGAAAGCAAAGGAAAAGAGAGAAUCCCUUAUUAAGAAGAUAAAAGAUGUAAAGUCUAUCUAUCUUCAGGAAUUUCAAGACAGAGGUGAUGCAGAAGAGGGGGAAGAAUAUGAUGACCCUUUUGCUGGACCUCCAGACUCUAUUUCAUUAGCCUCAGAACGAUAUGACAAAGAUGACGAAGCCCCCUCUGAUGGAAACCAGUUUCCUCCAAUUGCAGCACAGGACCUUCCUUUCGUCCUGAAGGCUGGCUACCUUGAAAAACGCAGAAAAGAUCACAGCUUUUUGGGAUUUGAAUGGCAGAAACGGUGGUGUGCUCUCAGCAAAACAGUGUUCUAUUAUUAUGGAAGUGAUAAAGACAAACAACAGAAAGGUGAAUUUUCAAUAGACGGCUAUGAUGUCAGAAUGAAUAACACCCUUAGGAAGGAUGCAAAGAAAGAUUGUUGUUUUGAAAUCUCUGCUCCUGAUAAACGAAUCUAUCAGUUUACAGCAACUUCUCCCAAAGAUGCUGAGGAAUGGGUACAGCAGCUGAAAUUUGUAUUACAAGACAUGGAAUCUGAUAUUAUUCCUGAGGACGAUGAUGAAAAAGGAGAAUUAUAUGAUGACGUUGACCAUCCUCUACCAACCAGCCAGCCACCAACAAGUGGGCAGCCAAUAGAUGAUGAAAUUUAUGAGGAACUUCCAGAGGAGGAAGAGGACAGUGCUUCUGUGAAAAUGGAAGAACAAAGGAAGAUGAGUCAGGAAAGUGUUCAUCACGCCUCAGAUGAUAAAAGCACUGAUUAUGCUAAUUUUUACCAGGGUCUUUGGGACUGUACAGGAGCACUUUCUGAUGAGUUGUCAUUUAAGCGUGGUGAUGUGAUUUACAUUCUUAGCAAGGAAUACAAUAGAUAUGGCUGGUGGGUAGGAGAAAUGAAGGGAGCCAUUGGCUUGGUGCCUAAAGCCUACGUAAUGGAGAUGUAUGAUAUUUGAGAGUCCUGGGAGAAAUCAACAUUUUGUCUGAAGAAAAAAAUUAAAAUACAACUUUCCCUUUCUACUUACAGAGAAGGAGGCAUCUUCUGCUUGUCUGCAAAUGCUUGGAUUUAGAAGCCUCGUGAAAACAUGAGUGACAGCCCAUAACCUUUCUUUGUUUUGUUGAACAUCCCUGUCUUUGACUAUUAUUUUAUAUACUCGUUCAUUAAAAUAUUCCUCUGAAGUGAAAUUAAAUGAGGGGUAUUAAUGUAAAUUAGAUGCAAGUCAUAAAGUUAUACCUGUUGCUGUUUUGCAAAGAAAUAAUUGCAGUUUUUAUUUACCCAUUUAGUGAUUUGUGUGAAGAAUUCAUUACUGUUUUAUACAGACUAUGUAGUUACUGCAACUUCCAAUGUGAGUUGUAAUUUCUCUUAAUCAUUGAACAUCAGUUAUUUUUUAGAGUGUAAUAUAUAAUUUCAUAGAAUUUUAAUUGAAUAUAUCAUACAGGGUUUAGGCAGAUGCUAAAAAAAUAUGUGGAUUCUAAAACUUUGUAGAGCAUUUACCUUAGUAUUUAUUUUUCACACAAUAGUAACAUGUUUUCAUGAAAGAAGUUCUACAAAGUGGCAAAUAUACUUCCUAUUGAAUACAACUAGGGGGACACAGGGGGAAAAAUGAUAGAAAUACAAAUGGCUACAUGCUGUCACCUGCAGCACAAGAGUAAACUGGACCCAGGUUUGUGCAGAGCGCUUUACACAUAACAGAUAUCCUGGUUUGAGGAUGGGCAUGCCAAUGUUUUCUACUGUACUUUUAUUUAAACUUAAUGAACUAAAAGAUUCAUAAGAAACCUCAUUGUACCACGAAUAUAAUGAUAUAAUCAACCUCGAUAUAUUCUCAAAGUAAGAAAGCAUGACCAAACACCCUCUCAUCCCGCUUUAUUGCCAUGCUCUUGCAGUCCUGCCAUAAAACAGCAGAACUCUGGACUUGAGUCUUUUCUGCACUUCUCAGAGUGGUGCUGAGAAGAAAAGGAAGGCCCAGAGAGCACAGUGUAGAAGUCACAGGGUAACAUGCACCAACAGGUGGAUGGAAGGGGGGGAAGUGUUCAUCUGGCAUCUGAGUUAUGCUCAGUGCUGUGUGAGUAAGAUUUGCAGAAUCAAUUCAGAGGAGUUUUAAAUGCCAGCAAAGUACCAGUAUGACCUUAAUAUAUACCAAAAUGCAUUAUGGUGACUGGGUAUAAUCUCCUAGGAUGGAAUCAAUACUUAGCUGGUACUGUCUUUGUGAACUUUUCAGAUCUUUGCUUUAUAAAGGUUUAAGACUCUAACCAUGCAAAUGAGUUGAUAAUAUUUUAAAACCUCCAUUGUUUCUUUAAAACUAUUUACAAACAAUAUUAAAGUGUUUAUUUUACAAUUAUCUCCUAGGUUUCAAAUGUUUAAACAAAAACCUUACUUUUGGGGACUGUGAGUAAAUCCCAGUUUACAUAUAGACACAUCAAAUUAAAGUUUCAGAACUUACAUUUGUGUGGUUAUUAUCCUUUUCCUGAUGUAGCGCCACUGAACUAGAUAGAAAUCAUCUUGGCAAAAGUUAGACCACUGGAGAUGAACUUUGUGAACUGGCUUUCAAAGCCUGAGUAGUUGAAAAGCAGAAGCAGUUGUUCCCCUAAUUGCAGUGGGCUGUGGAGUUGGGCUUCCAGGCUCCACCUAAGUAAAGUUUUCAGUGCUGGGCCAGUAGAUGGCAGCAGCCUGUCAUUGCAUACAGAACACUUGGCAACCCCUCCCCCACUCACGGACUACUUCAGGAGUUUAGGAGAUUUCUGCCUCUUUUUACAGUUAAUCCAGGAGAGGGAGUCCUCUGCCAACUGAUGGCCAACAAUUUCAAGCCAGCUAGUCUCCCUCUGAAUGGUAGCAAUACAGAAAUAUGGUUUUACUUCUGUCCAGAGCUCCCCUGGCCUUUGUUCUUUUUUAACUUAUAGGUGAGAGAUAUAGAAAGGAAACAGAAGAUUUAAAAUUGGAGUAACAGGAAAAGCAAUCGUUACUUUCAGUUCAUGACUAUUCUACGUUCAUUUGAUGAAAUAAUUUGUAUACGACCAGGGAGAAAGUUUUCUUUACCCCAUGACAAUAUAUCACAUACUCUUCAAGAUCAUAAUAAUAUCAUUAAUGUGAAUUUAAACAACAUGGCUUGUUAGAAAAUAUGCUAAUUGUUAUGUUCUCAUUAUGUUUGCUUAGCUUUUAUUUGUUUUUCUAUGAACAGUUAGAGAGCUAAUUUUUUUCAAAGGUGAUUGUAAGUCAUAUUUUAUAUAGCAUUUUGCUUGAUUAUUUGCUCUGUACUGAAUUUGUACUCUAUUGCCAUUAGAUCUUACAAUAAUGUUCCACUCUGCAAAUUUUUAAGGUUCAAAUAAAGUUUAAUUGUUUGCAAACUGUUAUGAUGCUAAUAAUUCAACAGCCUGCUGUGUUACUAAUGAAAUUACUUUGUUAUGAUUAAUUUGGAAAAUAGUGUGUUGAUUGUAGUAAUUAAGCACAACAAGGUGAAGUAAAUGAUUCUAAUGCCAUCUGGCCUCCAAACUGAAUGAAGAAAUGAAAUAGGGCUGUCAUCUGAAUUUAUUCAAAGAAGUAAGGAUAAUACAAAUGACUUUCAUUGCCAUAGGAUUUACACUUAACCACUGCUCACUGCUUUCUGUUUCUGCAUUCACUUUGCUGUGUAUGACACUUCUUUUAUGAAAAGGAAUAUUGUUUAGUCCUGCAAUUGUUCUGCAUAUGUCAAGCUGAUUAUUUUUACCAUAAUUUAAUUACAGAUAAUUACAUAAAGUAUUAUAGGAUCAUAGAGAAAUCACAUUUCAACCAUCUGCAGGUGAAAUCUAUAUAUGUGGGUUUGUUUGUUGGAUUCUUUUGCUACCAUAUACAAACACUUGGAGAUAGUCUUUGAUGAAGAGUAUAGCUUCUCUUCAGUUGUUUCUAAAAUGUUUGCAGCCAAGGCUCAGAUGGUUCUGUUGAUUUCUACUUUUCCUGUAAUUUCUCUAACCUAUUGUUACUCACUUCAUAAACUCUGGUACCAUCUAGGGUCAUGAUUAAGACCAGAACUGAGUUACCUAUUAUAGAGUCUGAUUUGCAGUUCAACCACUAGAAUGAAACUGAUCUUAACAUAGGUAUAGUUUAAGUUUGAGCUUCACAAGGAGACCAAGUGAAGCACUGUGAGAAUUUUUAAAUCAAAUAAAGUUCUUCCAAAUGCCAGAUAUGGCAGUUGUUUGUAUUUCAGUUGUAGAGAUUCAAACAUGAUCAAGCCAUAGAAAACAGCUUCCCUCUGAGGUUGAAGGAAUAUAAUUAAUUUUAUGUAUGUGUAUACAUACUGAGUGUUGAAAAAUAUAAUUUAUAUAUUGUUUAUCUUUUCUAUAAACUUAUGCUCAAAUGCAUAACAGUUUGUCCUGUGGACUGGGAACAAGGUAUUUCUGGACAGCCUCAGCUUUAUCCAUUUAUCAUCACCUGCUACCUUAAAUCUGAGUUCUUCCAGAAUAUCCAAUAGAAUCCCUGAUACCAUAGUAUUUUGCUAUGAUGAUAUAAAUACUUACAUAAUUAUGUAAUCACUGUAACCUGGAAUGACAUUUAGUUAAUGCUGUGUUUGAGGAGCUUUUUCUUGUUUCUAUUAGUAGACUCAAUUGUUACUUGGACACAACCAUAUGAUUUAGUGCCAGCGCAGUGCAAGGUAUAUGGUAUGCAUCCGCUAAAUAUUGGCUAACAGGUUUGAAACCCCCACAAUAGCUCAAGGCCCAAGACUUAAGGAAGAGUUUGGCCUCUAUACCUGGUAGACAAUAUCCCUUUAUGCUUUCAGACUAAGAAAAUUAUCUUAGUAAAAAAAAAAAAAUCAGUCCCUUCUACUGAGUCUUUAAAAGCCGGUUCUUACAACAGGUUAUGUCAACAAAUAGACUAAAUUUGUUAGUAACAAAACGGAGUGUGAAUAAUUAGAAAGUUGAGUCGUAGUGUACUCUUUAGAUGAUUCCCCUUCUCUUGUGCUCAGAGUUGUGAUGUUCAAAUAAGGGACACAGGUGACCCUGGCAGCUGGGGAUCUUGUUACACUUACCAGAACAUUCCAAGUUCCUGCUGCCCUAGUUUCAUUGGGAAACGUCAGGAGGGCCUCUGCUCAUGCAUCCUACUGCUGACUUUGGGUGGAUCAAAAAGGAAUCUCUGAAAGUGGGAUGUUGGCACUGUUGUUGCCAGAUCCAACCAGGAUGGAAUUUUUGUCCUUUAAAGAAACAACUUUUGCUUUCUGUUCUUUAACAUUGUAUGAUUAUGUUAAUAUGAAGUCUUUAAGUCCAAUCCCCAUGAAGAAAGGAACCACAAAAGCAGAAUGUAGUCAUACCUCUGCUUAGCUUAACGUUCUGUGCUGUUGGGAAGGGGAUGGAAACUGAGCACAUCAGAACACUUAUGAAUAUGCAAAGGUGGGAAAUAGAAAUUGCUCCCAAAGCCUGUCUCUUAAGUGCCUUUCUUAAAGCUGGAACUUUGGACAGUGUUUCCUUAGAUCUCUCUCCUUUCUGUUUUUGUGGUUUUCUUUUUUAUUUCCAUUACUCAGAGAGGUAAUGCAGUGCAGCACUUGUCUGUUUUCUGUUUAUUGGCCUUGACGUUGUAAUAUAGAAAUAUCACUCCUCUUAGAGUAAAACCGGACCCUGUGUGAAUCUUGAACAGCAGUUUACUUCUGGUUUGAGGAAAGUGUCACACAGGUACUUUCAAUGGAGGGAAAGUAAUGACACCAGUGUAUGCCAGUUGCAAACAAGUGCCACAGAGGACAGAGUUGCCACAGAGAAGCAGGUUCCCAUAUACCGCCUCCCCUCCCAGCACCAACGGCAGUCCUGGAAGAAAACCUCUACCAUACGUGAUGACGACACUUACCUAGUGAUAGCAAUAACCAGCAAUCCCUGAACCUGUGCUGUUUGUGUGCUUUUUCUUCAAUCCUCAUGACAAUCCCAAGAGGCAAGUUCUGUUAUUUAUUCCCAUUUUCCUGAUUAGGAAACCAAGGAUGAGUAAUUUGUCCCAAGGUCGCGGUGGCAAGUUACCUAGCCAGGCUCCCACCCAGCCUCCCUCCCCUGAAUUCAACACCACUGUACUGGGCAGUGCUGGGGUGAAUUCAAACCCAGCUCUUCAUUUUCUCCUUUGCAAAGGGUGGACCCUCAACAAGUGCCUGUGACCAGUGAUGAUGGCAGAGUCCCAUAAAACAGGCUGCAGCAUGUGGAAAGCCUUGUCCAAGACGGGACAGUCGGGCAACUGAACUGGGCUCAUUUGGUGGCCAAGCGCACCAGGGUGACGACAUCAGCUCUGAAGCAGCAGAUGUGCACUGAGGAAUAAGCUCCAGUGUAGGAACACUUCUGUCAGUGGGACUUCCGGCCCAGCUGAAAUAGGAAGUCAACCAAGGUGGCAGAGAGCCGAGAGAGGACGCCAGCCCAAAGGGAUCCUAUUGUAAUGAACUUUUCUCAUCCUCUGUCUCCUCAAAAGUGAAGCCCGUGUAAACUGAUGAGCCAGGGAAGCCAGGGACGACUGCCAAACUGGCCACUUCUGCCUCAAACACUUGUUUUGGGCGGAUGAAUUUUAAUUGGUAGGUUUUGUUUUUUUUUGUUUUUUUUAAAUCAGUUUAAAGAUUAUUAGCAAACUGUCCAGCCCUUUACAAUCAGUGAACUAACUUCAUUUUAAAAUGUGUUUAAUUUUGUAACCAAGUGAUGGCGAUGUCUGAUAUACUUCUUUACUUGUUGCUAUACGAAUUUGUUCAGGAAGUUUUAUUGGGCACCCGUGUAGUGCCCAAGGACUCCAUAAAGAAAGUCUCCUGUUUUGUUUUUUGAACAAUCCUGUAUUUAUUUAUUCAUUUAUGUAUUUAUUUAAUUUUUUUUUUGUACUCUGUGAUUAAAGUUUGGUGGAGCAGGGAGUGAAAAGAUAAGGAAGGAUAUAAAAACCAACAUUUACCAUAGGGCUCUGGAAAUGAGCCAGAAAAUGGGGUAAAAUUGAGCCCUUUCAUGGUCUAAAAUGCACCCUAAAGUAUUGACUGUCUUAAUACCCCCAAAAGGAAUGGGUGUCCCAAUGUUUAAUUUCCAAGGAGCAUUUCCAGCUGCCUACCUGGUAGAUCUGAUUGGUGUAAAAUAAACUGUCCCAUACAGAUGGGUAUCCUGCUUGCUCCUAAUUCCAGGUCAAGCCCUGUGUCCUGUAGAGUCUGUGACUCCCUGCCUUCAUCUCCUUGCUGGACUUUCUUCCUCCUCUUCCUCCAGCUCUCCCAAGGAGCUGAGUCACAUGAGACAGGAGACAAUUCUUAUGGCUCUACAGUUACCAAUGUCAGCUGUGCCCUCUGCUUUCUGUAAACCCAGCAAAAACAAGGUACAUAACUGUGUUCUCCUGUUAAGCUACAUCCUGAGCAGAAGAACCGAAAUGCACUGUGAGUGACUGCUGUUAUCUGUCGCUGUGCUUCAGUUGGUCAGCAUAUUUGCUUUAUUCUUUAUUAUGUCUCCGGGCUUGCUAUUUCUCUCCCUAUCUAAUUAAAUGAUUCCAUUUUGAAUAAUUACAUUUAAGUUCCAACAGCGUGCGAGGGGCAUUUCAAAUAUAGGAUUUGACACAGUCCUUCCCAAGUACAUUUCGUAGUUUUAAACAGGAGGAAAGCACAGGAAGGAUGAGAACAACCUUAGGUAGCUGUUCCCUGGCACAGUUCUCAGCCUGUUGAACCACUGACAGUGUCCAAAGAUGUAAAAGAUUCUCUGAUUUUGUUACUUCGGAACCUAGAGGAUUAUCUAGAAAACAAGCAGGGAAUUUUUUUUGUCACACACACAUAUAUAUAUAUUUAAAAAUGUACCAGGGGAGGGGAGAAGCUGCAAGGGUUUCAUUAUUGUUCAGUCAAAAAGAUUGUUUUUUUUAAAUACAACUAUCCAAAAUGCUUGUAGAUAGUAAAUUAAGUGUGAUGGAAGCAGAGAGCUGUGUAUGAAUAAAGUGAACAAAUCUUUUACAGGAGUUGCCAAUUACGGGAAAACACAUUCUGGAAGCUUCAAGUGGACCCUUACCCCUUUAGGAAUGAGGACUCGUCCUCAGUGGGGGACAGUGUGCCAGUGCAGUGCUCAGCACAGAAUAGUAGGAAGAGCACAGGACCUGGAGUCACCCGAAAUUCCAGUGCCAUUCCCUAAUGUGUUGUGCCUUAGACUAAGCGUCCCCACCUGCAGAGUGCCAACUGCACCUGCUCUCCUCCCUCACAGGGUUCAAGUUAGGCUCAAGUGAGAUUAUAUUUGGAGGGACUUGAAAAAUCCAUGACAGUGUCGAAUAUGACUUUCCUGCAUUUGAAGACAGGAAAACUGAAAUGAAACAAUAGUCAAAAUAAAAAUUUCUUUACCACCAAA